CUUCUCCAUCCAGCUGCCUCGUGCGGCACCCUAUUCUCCACACAGUUCCACGUGUCACUCUCCAAUUCCCACUCCAUGCACGUCGCCACGUAUCACAAAAAUCCCAUAUCUCACCACCAUCACGCCAUGCAUGCCUCACAAAAACAAAUCACAAAAACAAAUAACUAACUCACUCUCGAGAUCUGAAAUUAAUAACAGAAAAUAAUGGUGAAGCUAGCAUCGGCGAGGGACUUCCGUACGUACGGGCCGGGCCUCACCAGAAACCGUUACGAGUACAUCAACGCGGGGCUUUACCUGUUUUCCACCGUGGUCCUGAGUUGUGGUUUCGCAUCUCAGUUUUCUUCCGAGGCUUCUUCGGGGCUCGUGGUUUUCCUCAUUGCAUUGGGCCUCAUGUUAAUCGUAAACUUUCAUGACCUUAUGGCGCAUCUUGUUCCCAUUGAUUUCCGCUUUCAGUUGAUGGCUUUUGAUCCUCAGCUCGCCUUCGUCGAAUUCGCUGUCCCCCUCUUCAACAUGCUCGGAACGCUUCUUACUUUUCUUGCCGUUUUCUUCAUUUUUCUUCAGGAAGAGAAAGGACAUGGUUACUUCAAAUUGGAAAAGCAUGCUCUGAACAUGUUGGUUGCUGGUCCUGUACUAUGGGUGGUGGGAUCGAUUCACAAUUCAUGUCAAAUCUACGAGAGAGCAGAUGGUCAUGUUCAAAUCUUGCAGCAAUGUGUGUAUAUCCCCUUCUUGAUGGGGAGUAUGUUGUUCAUGAUUAGUUCCUGCCUCAAUUAUAUUGAGCAAUCUAGAGUGAUCCACCAUGGCCUCGGCUUACUUGGUAGGGAUUGGAUCUGGUUAGGAAUCUCGGGUACCAUAUUUUUCUUCAUUGGUGGAUUGAUAAAUGUGGUGAAAGUGUUCAAGAUGCAACAAAUGAAUGGUAUGAGGCUGGAGAAGCUGCGAGGUGGAGCACAAGAGCAACUAAUAAGGGCGAGAGAAGGACAUGUUCCCCUGCUUUCAGAACAUCAUCAAAUAAGAAUAAGACAUAAUCCACCACCUGAAGAAACCAAAGUUUCAAAGCCUCUUCCUACUCCUUAUAAGGAUGUCCUUCUCGGUCAAACUAGAUCAUGAUUAUUAUAUUGAUGAUGCUUAUUUAAUUUCUUAAUGCUUAAUUAUAAUCAUGAGUUCAUCCCCUUCUCUUUUGUGCUCCUCUCUGUUUUUCCUCCUUGGGGAGCUAGCCGCCUCUUACAUCAAAUUCUGCGUAGGUUUCUUGAGGCGAAGAAAUGCUACACGGCCAUCAUAAUUUAUUGUUUUUGGCCAUCAAUGUUUAAAAAUAUGGGAUAAAGUACGUUGUUAGAUUACUAGAGUAAGAAAAUAUAUAUAAGAAAUUGAGUUGAUGGUAAAGAGAUGGCCAAAAACUAUAAAUUCUAAUGGUCUUCUAUCAUCUGAUAGUCCUCAAUCAUUUCUCUUCUUGAGGUUAUAUUGUAACGGAUAUUGGAUAUUAAUUAAAACUGAUGGACUUUUGGUCUGCGUACAGUAGUUAGGAUCGGAUAAGAUAAAAAUACGGAUAUAUAGUGUUCUAAAUUGGAAAUAUGUACCUGAUAGCAUGUCCUAGUACACGAAUUUUCUUUCUUUGCUGGUAAUAUUUAUGUCUUGUCUCAAUUACAAAAAGGCAAUUUUGGGUUAUAAUCUUGUAAUAAUCUUGUACCAAAAAAAUGUCAUAAUCUAUGAAUGUAAUGGUAUCCAUUAGGAAGUUUUAUGAUC